AUGAGACCGAUCCAAGGUACCUUGGCGAGUACUGUACGCUCAGAUAGCGCGCAAGGAGCCACAGUUUGUCCACAAGAUGAAAUUUCUCAUUUUCAGAUCAUUCUCUCCGCUCUGGUAGCAGCGGCGUCUGCCAGGCCAGGCUUGCUAGUAGCGCCACAGGUGGCAGCACUUGCGACGCCCUUAACCAUCACCAAACUGGUACCUGGCGCGCCCAUAGGACUCGACGGCCGAGUCGUGGACACCCCGGAAGUAGCCCUGGCAAAGGCGGAACACGCGGCAGCCCACAUCAACGAAAGAAUCAAUCUCGCGCAAGAGUCGCUCAAAUCGGCUGAUGCGAUCGCCAUUACAGGUCCCCUUGUCGCCAGCAGCGUGGAACCCAUCGCAGUUGCGGCCAAAAUCGUGCCUGCGGCCCCUCUGGGCCCCGACGGCCGUGUCGUGGACACACCUGAAGUGGCUCUGGCCAAGGCGGAGCACGCUGCCGCUCACAUAAAUCAGAAGAUAGAGCAAGCUGUCGAGCAAAGACAAUCCUCCUCUCUGGAGAUUCCUCUUGUCCUGUCCACGUAUUCAGGACCCGUGAUUCAAAAGGUUUUACUUAACGGGCUUUAA